AACAGCACACCACUCUUCUUUACUUCAAAAGCCCUGUUCUCCCUUCGUCUUUCUCCAUCUUCCAAUUCUCUCUUCUCUCUCUCUCUCUCUCUCUGAAAUCUCAGCGAUUCAAAACAAACAUGGGGAGCUACGAGAUCGUGCCGUACACGUACGCCGUGGACGGCGGCGAAGAGGAUGAGUACAUAGUAGACAUAGCCGAUUCGGUUAGGGCGGUGGAACGGCUUCUGAACUACCAGUUCAAGGACAAGAAGCUCUUGGAGGAGGCUCUGACUCACUCUUCCUACACCGAUUCGGCCUCUUACCAGCGACUUGAGUUCAUUGGCGACGCCGCCUUGGGCCUCGCCAUCUCCAAUUUCGUGUUCCUCGCCUACCCUGACCUUGAUCCCGGCCAGCUCUCUCUCCUCCGCGCCGCCAACAUCAGCACCGAGAAACUCGCCCGCGUCGCCGUCCGCCACGGCCUCCACCGCUAUGUCCGCCACAAUGCCGCCGCUCUCGAUGAGAAGGUGAGAGAUUUUGCACUGGCAGUGGAACAGGAGGAUGAUAAGGUGGUGCAUGGAGGAAUGGUCAAAGCACCAAAGGUUUUGGCUGACAUUGUUGAGUCUGUUGCAGCAGCUAUAUAUGUUGAUUGUAAAUUUGAUUUGGAAGCUCUUUGGGUGAUCUUUAGACAUCUAUUGGAGCCUAUAGUUACCCUGGACGUCCUCCAGGAACAGCCACAACCAGUGACUAUGCUUUUUGAGUUGUGCCAAAAAGACGGCAAGCAUGUGGAUAUCAGGCAUUGGAGGAAAGGAGAGAAGAACAUUGCCAGUGUUUAUGUAGAUGGGAAAUUUAUUACCUCAAGGUCUUCUGAGCAGAAGGAAAACGCAAAGCUUCAUGCCGCAAAGGCAGCUUUGGACAAGUUAUCUCAUGGUAAAAGCAAUGACAAAAUGAGUGUUGACAUUUACUGCGGUUCUAGUGGAACAAAUGAGAUUGAAGGAGCGAAGCAGAAGUUACAUGAGCUUUGUGGCAAGAAGCGAUGGCCGAAACCAAGUUAUCGAAUUGAGAGAGAGGUCGGCCCUGCUCAUGAAAGGAAAUUUAUAUGUUCAGUUCAGAUGGGAACCGUGGACGGUGUGCUAUUUGUGGCAGGGGAUGAGAAGUCGAGAGUUAAAGACGCAGAAAACUCUGCUGCUUCGUUGAUGAUUCGAGGGUUACAAGAAUCUAAAUAUACAAAUAUUUAGAUUAUAAAUGUUCUUGUGUUCAUAUUAAGAAUUUAAAAUAUGGAGAUGUGUUAUUGUAUAAUUUCGACCAAAUUUGAUCUUAUAAUUUCAGAUUGACUCCCUCAGUUCUUAAGGUGUGAUCUGGAAAUCGCUGCACUGUAAUGCAGAGUUAAUAUUUAGAUUUUUGCUGUA